UGGCCACGUUUAUUUCGCGCGAAAGAGGCUGAUAUACAUGGAUAUUGUUUUCAUUAGAAAUCUAUGAAAAUUAGAUCUAUCUAGAAUAGAUCUCUAGAUCUAGACUAUAUCAUAGAGUCUAAUCUAUGAACUGUUAAAAUAUACAAAGGCGAUCUAAAAAUCAAUUUUUGAUGCCCAAAGGCCAAGUGUUUUAGGUCUGUGUGAAAAUAAAGUCAAGCAGUUUGUUGGGCGAGAUUUGGACUUUCUUCAAAAUGUCAUUAAGUGAUAUAAUUCAAAAAGUUACUAGCUGUAACAGUACAGAUAUUGAAGCCAAAAAUGCAGCAUAUAAAACACUUUAUGGAUAUUUAAAGAGUGAUAGUCUUAAAAAAGGAGAACUGCAGGCAAAUGCUACUCAGAUUGUUUCUGCUGCUACGAAGGAUGUUUUACUCAGUGAUUCUGACACAGUCAUGAUGGUUUUGGAAGUGUUGCUGAAAUGCCUUACAGAGUUGAAUUUGCAAAGACCUGGUGGGCUUGAUUUGUCUCAAGUUUUGCAAGUCCUGCUUGAUAGAGCUCGGAAGUAUAUAUCACCAGAGGUUACUAUUCUUCUGUUAAGAUGUUUGAAUCAACAAAUAUUCUUAUCUGAUCAGAUAAUUACUGAGAUAUUAGCAAUAUUAAAUGAAACAGAGGAGAAAAAUCUAACUACAUUACAGUUUGCCUUACUUGUUGAGGAGGCUGUUGAACUAAUAUAUAGUCUUGAAAAGCAAAAUGGUGAUAUUUUGAGAGUUACAGCAUCAUCUUGGGCUUAUUAUACCAUUCCAGCUUUGGGAAGUCCUUCAAAUGAAUUAAGAGAAAAGGCAUUUUCUUUAAUUAAUAAAUACCUGGACAGUCUUAUGGAUUUUACACCAUUAAGCAAGCGCAUAAUAAAAUGUUUGAACAUAGGCAUGGCUGUGUCAUUGAAGAAGUUGAUGUUGAAGGAUCCUCUGUAUGUAAUCAAUGUUUGGAUUCUACUGAUAAAACUUGUUGGAAAGGAAAUCCAUAAAGGCUCAACUAUUAAUGCUAUGCUAGAAAUAAUAGAGAUUGGCUUUAAAAGUUCUCCAGAAAUACGUUUAAAAGCAUUUGUGGCAUGGAGGAGCCUCAUUGAUAAUUUUGCUUUGGAUGAAAAGGUGAUCUCAGAUCCCAAACGUAUAAACCUUUUAAUGCUGGUUUUGAAAAUUGACAAUGCGAAAAGGGUAGAUGUUGCUAAAGAAAAACUUUUAACUUGGUGGCAUUUUGCAAUUUGCCUAGGAUCUCGGCUGUUAACAAGUAUUGAGCAAAUUGUAUAUCCAUUAGUUCAGUUUUGCACAGGGAUUAGCAGCAAUGCCAAAUUAGGGUCAUCCAACUCCAAUAAACUAUCAUCACCCAAAUCUGGUAAUCUUGUAACAGUAUUUCCUGCUAUUCAAAAGUUAGGACUUGAGGUUCUUGCUCAUAUACUUGGAAAAAUGGAGACUCAGUCAACAGUUGAACAAUAUCAGUGGACGUUAGAGGCCCCAAAGUUUUAUGAUGCGACAUCACUAAAUUUUGUGAGACAUGCUCCAUUCAUAUUAUCCAGUCUUCAAGAUUUGUUAGAUUCAAUUGGACAAGAAGCAGAUCAAUCACUUUUGUUGUACAUUUGGACUAAUUUAAGUUUCCACAUCAAAACUGCUUUAGAAACUAAUUCUUCACCAAAGAGUAGAGAAGUUUUCAGCAACUUUUUGAAUGUUUUGCAUUCUGUUGUGCACCAAGAGAAGGUCAAAGGUGAAACUGUCUUGAAAUUUAUCACCAAAAUCUGUGAUUAUUUCCCUCAAAAAGUUUUGUCUGCAACUUCCUACAAUAUUGUUGGUAAAGGCGCUACAUUAAAAGCCUGUCCUGCACAACUUCUUAUAGAGAUUCUAUUGACUCCAUCCAUCUUCAACACUUUUAAGUCCCAGUCAAAUUGCAUCACUCUGUUCAGCAAGCUGAUGAGUGAUGGAGCCAGAAACACUCAAGGGGCCUUGCACUACAUACAAAGUAUAGCUGAGAUGUUAACAGCACAGGCUGCACUAUUACAGCAAGAAUUGCUUGGCAAACUCUGGAUUGAACUGGCCCAAAUAUUGCAUAAUCAUCUUAUUGAGACUAAUGAGGUGAAUCAGGGUGAUGCUUUGGAUCAUAAUUUUAAUUGUAUGUAUGCUAUCCUUGUUCUGCCAUUCAAGCAUCAACUAGCAGAUGGGAAUCAGAGCAAAACAUUAACAAAAGUCUGGAAAGAACUGUACCAAACAUUUGCACGGCUGUCAGCUCUUGUACCAACAGCAGAAGCAAACAUUUGUAUGGAGCAGAUGUGUUAUAUGUUAACAGCCUUUUCAUCAUCUGUUACGACUUUGUCAGAAUUGGAUUUCUGGGUAACAACUUGCUGUCAAAUGAUGGAAUUAGCUGACUUCACUUUAUUCUCAAACAAACAGCUUCUUAGUUCUGGAGUCUUCGGUGCCUCACUGCAUACUAAGAGAAAAAUCCGCCCUUUAGGUCAUUUCCAUUCUAUUAUAGUCAAUCUGGCUGAACUUCAGACCAAAACUAUUGAGCUUGUGUCAUCACAUAAAGGAUCAGUGAAGAAUGUAAACUUUAAGAAUCUUGUCAGUAGCAUUUUUGAUGCACAGUUUGAAACAUACUCUACACUUUUUAGUCGUAUUGAUGGAAACAGCUUUAUUCAGCAGUGCUUUGAAUUUUUAGCAAAGCCAUUAUCAGAAUUGUUCAAGUAUUUUUCUCUGGACAUCUCCAAGAGUUUUCAAACUACUUGUGCUACAAAACUGGAAAAACUUUGGCGUGAACUAGGUCUUUGUUUAACAUCACGCUAUUCAGGCCCUCUGGAUACUGAGUUCUUAUCAACAAUGGCUCAACUAUUACAAGUCAAUUUCAUGCACACAAAUUGCACAAUUCAAAAUGAGGCUGUUGCCUUAUGGAAUUCUACUUUUGGCAAUUUAUCUUCUCUUACUUACCCUGAUAGUCUUAACUCUGUGUUGACCAAAAUAAAAGAAAAAAAGACCAUUAAACUCUUAGGACACGGGUGGAUUCCAUGUGAUGAAAAUGCAGUUAUAGCAGAGACUCCUUUUAGUGAAAUGAAUAUGGAUGAACUCCCAAUUCCCACGAUUAUGCCGUCUCCCAAACAGCAGAAAGGAAGUCUUCUAAAUAAAGAUCUUUCUCCUGCACGAGUGUCAUCACCAAACUCUAAAGCUUCCCCUGUCAGAGUGGUCAACCACAAGAAUCUAAAUUUAUUGUCAUCUGCUAAAAAGAAUAUAGCCUUGGAGUUCAUGUCAGAAGAUGAUUUUGUUGUCAUUAAUUCACCUUCAACAAAGAAGAAGAGAGUAUUAACAGAGCAUCAGAAAGAGGUUCUUAAAGAAAAACGUGUACUUCCAGCCAUGUAUAAUAACUUGGAUGCCUCUCAAGAUAUCUCUCUAGGAGCACAUUUUAUUACAGACACACAGCAUGACACUGAGUCAACGGUUGAUAAUUUGACUGACAAAUCAACUACACAGUCAGACCAACAGGAUGCCAAAGCAACUUUCCAUGAAUCUACAGUGAAUAAAUCAAACUCUGUUUCGAGGAGAUCAUCAGUGCGUAUUAAAGAUAUCAACAACUUUGCUGCUCUUUCUUCUGAGAUAAAUCAAGAAAAGUCAUCCAGUGAUAAUUUAGAUUCAAAAAUUCAGAAAGAAACUAAAAGAGGUGCAUUCAAGAAAUCAGCUCAAGAUAAGAAAGAAAGUCUCUUGAAAGUUGAGAUUGAAGCUAAUCCAGAAUUAAAUUCUGAAGAUUCUGGAAAGAAAGCAGAAAUCAGUUCAUCAUUUGGAAUACUAAAGUUGGAAACUAAAAAUUCAAACGAAAGUGGAAUUAGUCUUAGUCAGGAUUCCAGUCUGUCAGUCAUUUCUAAACCAGAUCUCAAGACUUCAUUGAGAAAAGUUCAAAGUCAAGAUGAAAGUAAGUCAGAUGACUUAAAAAACAGUGAGGUUGAAAAAAUUAAGCCUCCUCGUAGGGUGCCAUUAAAAAAAAUUAGUGAACUCAACAACAAGACAGAGAAGGUUGCCUUGGAAAAUGAUAAUGAUGAAUCACCAACCAAAUCUACAAGAAGGUCAGCCAAAUCUAAAUCUUUCAAUACCCCACACAGUGCGAGAAAGCUUUUUUCAGAUUCCAAGCAUGAUUCAUUAGCUGACUGCAGUCAUGGUACAGAAGUAACAGAAAAAGUGGCAGCUCCUACAAAUGAAAUGGAAUCCUCCCAGGGUUUCAGCACAGACACAGCUAUUAACUUAAAGGAACAGGUGAGUGUUGAAAGCCCUGAAGAUUUACCCUGUGUGAUACCAGAAAGUGAAAAUCUUUUCUCCAGCAGUCUAGAAGCUAAUAAUUUUUCUUUAGAACUGAUGCCGACUUUGAUGUCACCUUCUGAAAUGGUUCCCAAUAUUAGCAAAGAUGUGAAGUCUUCAGUGGAAGAGAGCAGUACAACAUCAAGUGGGGAUGAUAGUGGUAAAUUGGUUUCUAGUUCUGAGUCUUCCUUCAACCCAUCACAGUCAACUCUGACAGAAGAUAACAGCUUUAAGCAAAUCAGAAAAAGAAAGAGCCAGGUACCAAAAAAAUAUUCGCCAGAAGGAAAUUUAGAGAGACGAGGACGCAGAAAAAGGAUUAGCCUUGAUGUAAAAGAUCUAUCUAGUCAGAGUGUUCUUUCAGAAACUAAAAAAGUAAAAAGGAAAGAGGUUUUAAUGAAUGCACCCGAAAUUUCUAAAUCAAAAGCUGUGAUUCAACCUGAUGAGCAAUUAGAUGAUGCCAAGAAAGACUCAGAAACAGUUUUUACUAAGUUAAUUGAUGAUAUUUCUCCCAAAAUUGGGGAAGUCACUCCUGAUGUCAAAUCGCCUAGUGUUGCUAAUCCUACCCAAAGGCGAUAUACAGCUGUGAAACGAAAAGGAAGACUGUCCAAAAGACUAGCAAGAGAGUCUACAUCACAUAGUCUGCAUGGAUUAGAAUCUGUUGCAAGUGACAAUUCAGAAUCUGAUGAAUUGUUGACAAAAUCUGAUAUAAAAAGAAAAAAAAAUUCCAAAGAAAGCUCACCAUACAGGAUUAAACGAAAAUACACCAGAAAAUCAGUUUCUCCAAAGCUGCAACAAAUGAUGAAACUCAAGCUAAGGGCAGCAAGGCGCCUUACAUCUGCAGCUGAAUCUACUUCUCCUCCAAAAAAAAGAAAGCUUAAUGCAGACCAAUUGGAUUUAAGUGAUGAUGAUGCACCACUCAUUGUGACAAAAAGAGCUUUGCAAGCUAAUCAGAAGACAGAAAAGAACUGCUGCUUAGUGAAUCCAAUGCAAGGACCUAGUACAAGCAUGAACUCAAGUUUUAAAUCUCAGCUGAUUGAUGACGCUUUGACUAAUGCAUUGUCUCAGAUCUCAGCUUCUGUUAAAAACACCAGUGCUCAUGCUGGCACAGAUUUAUCACACUCAGCUACAUCCAGUAACCAAGUGUCCCCAAAUCUUGUUCCAACACUUGAACAUUCUGCCACAUCUAUCAAACAAAUUUCUGUGUCACCCUCUGCUGUAGAUACUAUUUCAACAUCUCCUAAUAUUGCCCCAUUAGUAGAACAUUCUGGGACAUCUAUUAAUCAAAAUUUAUCUGAAUCUUUAACCACUGCAAAUGAAGGGACAAACCAGCCUGAUAUUGAUCUUGCUUCUUUACCCCUUGAAAGUAAAUAUACAAAAACAAAUGAAAUGUCAGCUGUAACUGACAAGACUGACAUUCUAAAAGAUUCAACAGAAAAUGUAAUCAAACAUCAAGAAAUAACUAAUACUUCCUAUGAGAUUCAGGUUCCAUUCGACUCUACAGUUGCUGUGAAACAAAGUAAAGAAAAUUCAUUCUCUUCACCUAUCUUAAAAGAAAAUUCAGAAAAAGAGGAUGCAGUUAGUCUCAUAGAUAUUGUGUUGCCUUCAGAAUCUGUCCCUGAGUCCAAGCAUGAUGUGAAAAAGGAAAGUGUUAGUGCAUGUGAUGUAGAAAUGCAGGAGAGUAACUCAUGGGAGAAUGAAUUAGACUCUAACAUAACCGUUUCAGACUGUAGCAGUAAAAAUGAACCAGUGACUAAUAUUGAAAACACUGUCACAACUACUGAAUUCAGCCAUCGUGAUCCUAAUUUGAAGUCAAUGAAGAUUAAUAACUCAAUGACAGAAGUGGAACUACCAGUUCAUAGCUGGUCACCUUCCAAAUCUCCCAACUGCAGUAUUCUCAAAAAGUCUAUCACAGAAACACCACCUUCUGCACAAAACCGAAGAGUUUCUUUUGCUGAGCCUGUUGUAAGUGGUUCAAGUCCUGUUGGAGAAAAAUAUCACAUAGAAAGGUUGUGUAACUCAACUCCUCGAGAGGGUUCCAAAGCAAGAACUUCACUAUUCUCUAGGCAAUUAAUGCGGUCAUUAGGAAGUAAAAGAAAAUUUGAAGCAUCUCCAAGGAAAUUAACCUGGGACAAAAACUUGGAUUCAACCAAGAAUGUAGAGUCAAACAGCCAGUCUCAAACAGCUCUGUACAAGGCUACUCAGGAAUCUCAACUUAACAACACAGCACCAAUAUUUCCAGAUUUGGUAGAUUGUAAGAAGCCAUUGGAUGACAUACUGCCACAACUCACUUCUUCUUUUUGGUACAGAGGCCUUUGUCAGUUGAUGAAAGGAAGGAACUUGAAUACAAUUGGAGAUUUAUGCAGCCUUACAGAAUUACAAAUAAACCAACUACCUUUCCGCACACCUAAAGUUCAAACAGUGAAGACAACUCUAACAGCAUACAUGAAUCAUCAUGGAUUAAGUAAAACCAAAUCAGUUCCAUUAGAAGAUAUUGAGAAAGAUACUUCUCAGGAUGCAGCCAAAUGUCUGAGCAGUUCUUCUGAUACUUGUACAACUUCUGCAGUAAUGAAUGAAGAUGAAAGUAUUCCACCAGUUCCAGAGAUUGAGGCUGACAGUAAACGUAAUCAAGAGUCGCAAUCUCCAUUGUUAGCUGGUUGUCACAAAAUUCUUACUGAGUCUCGUGAAUCUGCUCUGAGAUCUUUGACGACAAGUGAACUUUUUGAAAUUCAAACAAUAAUUCAUGAACUCAUGGUAAAUGUUAGUAAGGAGAUUAAACAUCGAUUAGUGAAUUAAAUGAGAGCUAGAACAAAGUAACUGCAAAUGUGUACAUUUUUUAGUUUUAUUAUGCUGGUGGUGCUGUUAGCGUGAGAAUUUCAAUGAACAAUUUGGGUGUGAAGCAGGACUUUUUGGUGUCACUGUUCUAGCACCAUGGUUAUUAUUGUGGCUCUUGUUAUUAUCGUGGUUCUGUUUUGGCGCUGGAUAUUUUUUUAGACAGACCUUUGAACUCUGGCUUUUUUUUCUCAAAAGAUUGAUUCAUUAGAUUACGUGUGUAUGGGAUUAAUUUAUAAUAUUAAUAAUUAUUUUGUUACAAUAAUUUUUUAUACUUCAAUUACUAUAUUUUAGCUUUUUAUAAAUAUAAAUUUUUAAAAGGUCUCCCAUAAUAGAUAACGCUGAAUUCUUUAGUACUUUAUAUAUCUGAAUCUUUUUUAAAAAAAAUAUCACACCCCAGAAUGUAUUACCCUUCUGUGUCUUUUAUUUGGUAUUUUUACCUCCUCUUACCAUUUACAAACAGAAAUUAUCCCCCACUCCUGCCUUUGCAACUUUCAUGGGAUGAUCAAUCUACUCCAAAUAGCUAAAUGUUGAUCUGUAAUUUUACCCCAUCUUGAUUUAUGAAUCACUUACAUCACUUCUAACUUUCAUAUGCUAUAUUUCACAUGUAUCUUGGAAGGUGGGGCAAACAUAAUGUUAAUUAAGUUAAUACUUAAAAAUAAAAAGGGAGAUAGCUCAGUAAAUCAUAUAAGAAAUUAAUUGUUUUCAAACUUAAAAGUAUUUUUUUCAACACAUUAGAAUGGGUUGGCGAAAGAAACCAAAAAAUGUGUUGUAUGCGUUUUUCUUUAUGCUGUAUUACCAAGGGCCAGAACAGUGAAAUAGUUUUCAAGAGGAAGUGACAAUUGUUUAAAUGUCUGUUGUUUAUUGGGUUUAUUGAUCUUGUACAUAUUUAUUAAUUUGUUUAGUUUUACAUGAAAAGUUUUAUGUAAUGAGUCUUUAAUUUCCACACAUUAAAAAAACAAAGAUGAUUUUGUCAAUAGAAAUAAUAUGCUAAAAAUAUCAAUAAUGAAUUUUAAACAUGUCUGUUAUGUAUGUCAAGCAUGUGUAUUAAUAAUUUCUGAUGCCACCUCACAUAUUUUUUUGUUUGUGAGUCUGACUUUGCAAUGAGUUUCAACUUUCAUUUGUCAACAUUGUAAGAUAAUUGUGCUUCAUAUACAACUUGUAUUUGCAAUUAGUACAGUAUUUUAAAGUUGAAUACUUUUAUGUACUCCAAUGUUUUUAUUCCAACUGUAUUUUGUCAAAUGUCAUGUGUUGUUGUAAUGUAUUUAUUAUAUCUCUUGUUUUUUAAAGUUUUAGUUGAUUGUUUACAUGUAACUUUUUUUUUCUUCUCGUUUAGUAUUUCUAAACUGGAAUAAAAUUAAUACAUUUUUGUUUUUAAA